AUGGAUCAUUGGUUAAAAACUGGUAGCGUCAGUAAAAGUAAAAGGAAAACUACUGAAUCAAACGAUCCUAUUCAUACUCAAGAAGUGCCAUCAUCAAUUACUAAUAUUUCCACAGAAAAUCUUAAGAAGUUACCACAGGUUAGUAAUACUAAAUUUCUAGUGCCGGGAAAAAUUAGGAAAUAUUCAGAAGAAUAUUUGUGCCACGGGUUUUCGUUCAUUACGAUUGAUAAUGUCGCUAAACCUGAAUGUGUUAUCUGUGGGGAAAUACUAGCUAAUAGCAGUAUGAAACCUUCACAACUUACUCGUCAUUUGAUUACUAAACAUUCAGAUUUAAAGGACAAAGAUGUAACUUUUUUCAAACGUUUACUUGAAAAUAAAAAUAAGUGCAAUAUGCAAACCUACCUCUCUUCUGGUAAUGCUAACGUAGAUGCAGUUGAAGCAUCGUUUCGAAUUAGUUAUAAUAUCGCCAGAAGUGGUAAAAAUCACACAAUCGGUGAAAAUUUGAUUUUGCCAAGCAUUAAAGAUGCAGUUCAUUGUAUGUUCGGAGAAAAAUAUGUCAAUAAAAUAAAUACUAUCCCACUAUCAAAUGACACAGUCAGUCGUAGAAUCAAAGACAUUUCUUAUGAUAUUGAGGAGAAAAUACUAAAAAACAUCAAUAACAGUGAAUUGUUUUCCAUUCAAGUUGACGAGAGUACUGAUGUAGCACAAUUAGCUGUUUUGUUAGUUAUUGCAAGAUAUAUAAAACAAAAUGAAAGCGAAGGUCUUUUGCUCUGCCAUCCUUUGACUGGACGCACAACAGGUGCAGAUAUUUUUCAUGCUAUUGAUUCUUACUUCGCCGAAAAAAAAAUAAAGUGGUCACAAUGCUGUGGUUUAAGUACUGAUGGUGGAAAGUCUAUGUCAGGUUGUUACUCUGGUAUUCUUGCACGUGUUAAGGCAGUAUCCCCACUAAUAAAGUGGACUCAUUGUUGUAUCCAUCGGCAAGCUCUUGCAUCGAAACCUCUUCCUGCAGAUUUGAAGGACGUUCUGGACGAUUCUUGUAAAGUGGUCAAUUUCAUCAAGUCUCGCCACACGAACUCCAGAAUAUUUUCAUUAUUGUGUGAAGACAUGGGAAAUCUUCACAAAACCCUCCUUCUUCAUACUGAGGUUCGAUGGUUAUCACGAGGUAAAGUCCUUACUCGUUUGUUUGAACUUAGGCAUGAAGUUCAAAUGUUUUUUGAAGACCACCCUUUUCGACUGUCAUCAAAAUUUAACGACCAUGAAUGGCUUCAAAAACUAGCAUACUUAUCCGAUGUUUUUUUGAAAUUAAACAAUCUAAAUUUGACUCUUCAAAACAAUGCAGUGACAAUAUUCCAAGUUAAUGACAAAAUAGAAUCUUUUGUUAAAAAGUUAGUUUUGGAAAACGUGUAUUGA